AAUAUCUUUCUUUAUGAUAUAUGAUUAUAUAUAUUAUAUUAUAGAACAUAUAUAUGAUGUAGAAAAUGUAUUAUUAUUAUUAUUAUUUAUUCUUUUUUUUUUUUUUCUUUUUUCUUUUUUUUUUAGCAGAACCGGAUUCCAUUUUCGGACAGGUUCUCCCCAGCAGGUUCUGGUGGACGUAUGACAGAUGUUUUGGACCGGGACACACCGAACCCUCCUGCCAGCACACCUGCAUCAAACACGGGAUGAUUAGCGUCCACAAUGCACCUCACCUCCCGCUGGUCGGCUGACUAAACCCGUCCCGUGUUUCAGUUUGAAGUGUUGAGUUAUUAGAAAACCACUAAACCACAAACAGACAGAAAACAUCUUCAUUCUCGGGUAUUGAACGUCUGGCUGCAGCGACAGUUUCGGCUUCUGUCGCUUUUUUGCCGCAUUGGAUUUAAAGGCGAAGCAGCGAAGCGGAUUUUAUCGGCGGGUUUCUCACAUGUCGACAUGCAGAUCUUUGAAUCAGUCAGUCGGUAACAUUUGGGAUUCGGGAUCCUGACAGGGACCAAAGAUACGACUUUCAGCAGAAAAAGCAUCAACAUUCAGUAGAAGAGGAGCCCCAUCACUGCUGCAUUAUGGGUAACCAUAACAGCAAAGGUCCUCAUGAUCCUGCAGGUUCCCCUUCAGAUUUCUUCCACACGGCUCCAAAUUCUCCUUCGGAGGCGUUCCUGGCCGCCGUGGCCUUACCGUCUGACAAACCACAGGCGGAGAAAACCUCCCCGAGCGCCGAAUGGACGCAGACUCUGAUGGCUUCGUCGGACUGGUCGAUCGUCAGCGUGUCCUCCUCGGAGACCAAGGUGAGCGACGCGGCGCCGGCGGAGGAGAGGUCAGUGGUCAGUCUGGAGAACUCCACGGCUCUGUGUGAAGGAUUGGCGUCAGAGAUGAGCUGGCAGGAGAGAGACAGCGGCGUGGAGCCGCAGGGUGCAGUGGAGAGCGCCAGAGAGGAUUUGACCUUGGCUUUGCUCGGGGUGAUGGAGCACUACAGAGACAGUAUAAGAGUGACCCCCACCAUGGAUGUUACCAAAAGAGCUGAAGAGCUGAUAAGACGCUUGAUUACAGAGAAGGAGGAGCUGGUGGAGGAGGUGGACACACUCAGGGAGACGCUCAAGACGGAACGGUCGGAGUGGCAUCAGUUCCAGUGCGACCUCCAGAUUGCGGUGUCGGUGGCCGACCGGCUGCGGGUGGAGAUGGAGGAGGAGCUGAGCUUUCUGAAGAGCAGCCACAGGGCUGUGGAGCAGCGGCUGGCCCAGGCCCUCGGCAGGCAGCAGGAGACGGAGCGAGAGCUGGAGAGCCUGAGAGCGGAGAACAAGGAAAUCUGCCGCAGGCUGAGCGAAUUCAUGGCCCAACAGCAGCAGGAGCGAGCCGAGCUGGAGGCUCUCCGGAGCAUUUGUAGGAGAAAAGACGAGCAAAAAGAUGAAAAAGAGACCUAUGAAGAAGAGACUAUUCAGGAUGAGGGAGGUGGGGGGGUUUGUGAUGCUCAGAAGGCAAACGGAUCAGAAAGUGUGGAGCUGACUGGCAAAGGGGUGGCGGAAGGAUACAUUCGUAGUUUGGCUGCUCUGGAAAAGAAAAAAGAGGAGCAGAGAGUUCCAAGGAGGAUUGUGAUGCUGUCUGAAAGAUCUUGGAGUCUCACUCGUCUUCCUCUGCAAAGCAACUCUCAUGAAAAUGGAGCCUCAAAGAACCUGAGCUCCACGUUACCACUAUGCAAGAAAGAAGAAUCAACCAAAGACAGAAGAGGGGAUCGUUUGCUGCAGAGGCAGGAUAGCUGGUCCAGUUCCUCCACAGGACAGCAAGCGGACAAUCCCAGCUCUGACUCUAUCAAGCCUCGGGAUAAUUUCAGUGCUUUGCUGAGACGCCACGGCGGCUCCAGACGGAAUUCUCUGCUGCGAUGGAGCCAAAGUCGGACGCAAGGUUACAAGAGCAUUGAGAUUACAAAUUUCAGCAGCAGUUGGGAGGACGGUUUGGCUUUCUGCGCCCUUUACCACACUUAUUUACCUGCUGAGAUCCCGUAUGACAGCCUCAACCCAGAUGAGAAGAGGGAAAACUUGGAACUUGCGUUUAGGACGGGAGCAAACGCAGGAAUUCCAGCCACACUGACAGCAGAGGAGAUCCUGAAGGAAGGCGGGCCCGACUGGCAGAAAGUUCUGGGAUACGUGGAAAGCAUUUUCCGUCACUUUGAGAUGUGACAUCAUCAAAUAACACAGGAUGGAGCUCUGUGGAAUUUAUCGCAUCUGCCAAGACAUUAAGAAUGAAAAACUCCAUGAUUAUAUAUGAAUCCAGUCAUGAUACUUCGACAGCUCAACCCUUUUUUUUAAUGUGCACAGCUUUGAUGUUGGAUUGGGGGACGGCAGACGGGUAGUCACUCUGUGACUUUUUGCAUAUUUCAAUCACAUUAAUGGAAGUUUGGGGUCUUCUUUUGCACAAAAUUAAUGAAAUGGCACCUUAAACAAAAACAGUGCAGACGUUUGAAGUGGAUUUACUGUAAAACUGAAGACACUUUAUUUAUAUGGACUUUUCUAUGUAGCACUUUCCAAAACAGUAUUCUCAAGAGUGCAUGCAGCCAAAAUGAUAAAGUACCUUAGAUAUACACUCUGUGUGAUUAGAGGAAUGUUUUCUCUGAAAAUUUGUUUAUUUUUUAAAAAUAUGAAUGUAUGGUGACAUGAAAACUAAUAAAGUAUGUAUAUAGAAAUGUGA